CAUUGCUGUUGCUAUGAAGGCCUUUGCCUGUCGAAGGUUCCUGAGGCAGAUGGAGGACAGCAGUAGCUGAGGUGGCCUAACGCUGGAAUGUAGGCAGGGACUGGAGCCUUGGGAGCUGUGCUUAGGCAGAAGGGGAGAGGAUAUGAGCCUUCCUCCGUGCCCGGGCCUUGGGCUCCCCCAGGGGGUGUAACGGAGCCCCGAGGGGGCGUUCUGCAAGGAGAAUUGGCUUUGGAGGCUUGUGCUUGAAGCUUGUCCAAUGAGUCUGAGACGCCCAAGCACCAUUCAUUUUGGAGGAAAAAGAUGGAGUAUUGCAUGCUGGGAACAAGUGCUUUCCAUAAGGUACAGCAGCAGCUCAUGAUGCCCCGUAAAGCUUUUCUUUCCCAGAAAGAAAAGCAGGCUCGUGCCAGGGAAAGGGAUAUGUUAAAAAAGAGGAGGAGGCGACAAGACUAUCUCAAAAGAAGCGUGGAGCCGCAGAAAAAUGCAGAAACAAUAAAAUGGCACAGGGAUGAUGAGAAGAGGAGAGAAAAUGAACAAGUUAAGGACAAAGAUAUCAAGAAGCGGUGGAGACAGGAUGAGAGAGAACGACGAAAGAAUGUGGACGCUAUGAAUUGGCACAGGGAAGAGGAGAAAUGGGAAAAUGAGCGAGAAACUAUGUUCCAACUUCCUGUCAACAACCUUGGCAGUUUAAGAAAGGCCCGGAAAACUGUGAAAAAAAUACUUAGUGACAUUGGUUUGGAGUACUGUAAAGAACAUAUAGAAGAUUUUAAGCAGUUUGAACCUAAUGACUUUUAUUUGAAAAACACUACAUGGGAGGACGUGGGACUGUGGGACCCAUCGCUUACAAAAAACCAGGACUAUCGGACAAAGCCCUUUUGCUGCAGUGCAUGUCCCUUCUCCUCGAAGUUCUUUUCAGCCUACAAGAGCCACUUCCGGAAUGUUCACAGCGAAGACUUUGAGAACAGGAUCCUGCUCAACUGCCCCUACUGUACCUUCAACGCGGACAAAAAGACUUUGGAAACGCACAUUAAAAUAUUCCAUGCUCCCAAUGCCAGUACACCGAGUGGAGGCAUCAGCACUUUCAAAGAUAAAAACAAACACGAGAGCCUUAAACCCAAGCAGGCUGACAGUGUGGAACAAGCUGUUUAUUACUGUAAGAAGUGCACUUACCGUGACCCGCUCUACGAAAUCGUUCGAAAGCACAUUUACAGGGAACAUUUUCAGCACGUUGCUGCUCCUUACGUAGCCAAGGGAGGCGAAAAGUCCCUCAAUGGUGCGGUUCCGUUGAGCUCCAGUGCCCGAGAGGAGGGGGGUAUCCACUGCAAACGAUGCCUUUUCAUGCCGAAAUCCUACGAAGCUUUAGUGCAGCACGUGAUCGAAGACCACGAGCGGAUCGGGUACCAGGUCACGGCAAUGAUAGGUCACACCAACGUAGUGGUGCCCAGAUCCAAACCUUUGAUGCUAAUAGCUCCCAAACCGCAGGAUAAAAAGCCUAUGGGACUCCCUCAGAGGAUGGGUGCCCUCUCUGCUGGCAGCGUCCGCUCGCUCUCGUCACAGCAGAUGAUGAACAGACUCACUAUACCAAAGCCCACGUUAAACUCUGCAGGAGUCAAUAUGAUGUCAAACGUUCACCUACAGCAGAACAAUUACGGGGUUAAAUCCGUUCCCCCCAGUUACGUUGGUCAGCCAGGGGGGAGGCUCAGCCUCAGUGGCAACGCAGCUAUUUCUCUUUCCCAACAAUCACAAAGCAUGAAACAGUUUUCAGCGAGUGGCAAUGGAAGGCCUUACACGCUGGGAGGGGAGCAGAGGUCCCAGGCCUCAGCCAGGUACUCGCUGCAGUCUGCCAACUCCUCCUCACUAUCGGCGGCACAGCUCAAACAGGCGUCGCUGUCGCAGUCCCAGGCGUCCAGAGCUCUGGGGCAGUCUGGCUCCAAAUCCCCCGUGGCUGCUACAGGUCCUUCCGCUGUCAACACCUCGUCCACGCAGAAGUGGAAAAUCUGUACAAUCUGCAAUGAGCUGUUCCCCGAAAACGUGUACAGCGUCCACUUUGAGAAGGAGCACAAGGCCGAGAAGGUGCCUGCGGUGGCCAACUACAUCAUGAAAAUCCACAACUUCACGAGCAAAUGUCUCUACUGUAACCGCUACCUGCCCACGGACACGCUGCUCAAUCACAUGCUGAUCCACGGGCUCUCCUGCCCCUACUGCCGCUCCACCUUCAACGACGUGGAGAAGAUGGCUGCCCACAUGCGCAUGGUGCACGUGGACGAGGAGAUGGGACCUAAAACUGACUCCACCCUCACCUUUGAUUUGACAUUGCAGCAGGGCAGCCACACGAACAUACACCUCCUUGUCACUACCUACAACCUGCGGGAUGCUCCCGCCGAAUCCGUAGCUUACCACGCUCAGAACACCCCCCCGGCCCCCCCAAAACCACAGCCCAAAAUCCAGGAGAAAUCUGACGUACCCGUCAAAAGUUCUCCACAAGCAGCAGUGCCCUACAAAAAAGAUGUGGGGAAAACUCUGUGUCCUCUGUGCUUUUCGAUCCUGAAAGGCCCCAUCUCCGACGCGCUGGCACAUCACCUCCGGGAGAGGCACCAGGUGAUUCAGACGGUUCACCCCGUGGAGAAGAAGCUGACCUACAAGUGCAUCCACUGCCUGGGCGUGUACACGAGCAACAUGACGGCCUCCACCAUAACGCUGCACCUGGUGCACUGCAGGGGCGUGGGCAAGACCCAGAACGGGCAGGACAAAGGGAGCUCGUCCCGGCUGGGCCAGUCCCCGGCGGCCGCGCCGCUGAAACGCGCCUACGAGCACAUGGAGUUCCCCCUGAUGAAGAAGAGGAAGAUGGACGACGAUGACGCCCCCUCUGCCUUUGAGGAGAAGCCUGAGGAACCUGUAGUUCUAGCACUGGACCCCAAGGGUCACGAAGAUGAUUCGUACGAAGCCAGGAAAACGUUUCUUACAAAGUAUUUCAAUAAGCAGCCCUACCCCACCCGGAGAGAGAUCGAGAAGCUGGCGGCCAGUUUGUGGCUCUGGAAAUCUGACAUCGCGUCUCACUUCAGCAACAAAAGGAAGAAAUGUGUCAGGGAUUGUGAAAAAUACAAACCUGGGGUGCUGCUGGGCUUCAACAUGAAAGAGCUGAACAAAGUCAAACACGAGAUGGAUUUUGAUGAUGAAUGGCUGUUUGAAAACCACGACGAGAAGAAUUCCAGGGUCAAUGUCAGUAAGACUGUUGAUAAAAAAAUCAACUUAGAAAAAGACAAUGACAGUUCCUCAGACAGCUACGAAAACCUAGAGGAGGAAUACAGCGAGAGCCGCAGUCCCUUUGGCCAGCGUGUCUCUGACAUGGGUGGGAAACCCUCGACAGACAGCACAGUGCAGGACCCCCAGGACAGCUUAGCCAAGGAAAUCCUGGAGGAAAACACACUACAGUCUCCAGAGAAGGCUGAUCAAAAACAAGAGGAAAGCUCUAAAUACGAAGAGAUAAUUGCUGCUGAAGAGCCCACAAAACUGGUGGGUGACGUUUCAGAUAGUGAAGGUGAUCAGGAUGAGCAGGAAGAUGCAGUGGAGUGGAAGGAUGGAGCUUCCCAGUCUGAAAGCGGGCCUGGCUCCCAGCAGGUUUCGGAUUUUGAAGACAACGCAUUGGAGGUAAAACCAGAAGUGUGGACAGAUGAGUCUUCCCAAAGCGAAGAUGCCGGGAGCAGUAAACCCGCUGUGGAGGCCAAGGGGGGUGGAUCUGAAAGCGAUGAAGAGCAGUCAAAGUGGAAGAAUCGUUCCUAUGGAAAAGUAGAAGGGUUUUGGUCCAAGGACCAGUCGCAAUGGAAAAACGCCUCCGAGCUGGAGGAGAGCCUGGCCAGCGAGCAGAUGGAGUGGCAGAGCAGCACAAUGGACAGCGAGGACGGCGAGGCCUUCGGGCUGCUGGCCCAGGGGCCGGGGGCUCCUGCUGCCGUGAGCACAGUAACUUCAUGUGAAAAUGGAAAUGCUGGUGGCUCCAGAAUGCACACAGAGAAAAGCAGAGGAUUAUUUUAUCUGCAUUUCCAGCCCUCCGUUCACCUUGUCCAUGUUGAGUUGUGUCUUUCCAAGGGGCCCCUCUGGCAGCGCCGUGCCAGCGACCCGGUGCCCUGUAUAGCAGACUCUGGGCAAAUGGAGUUUUCAUGUAUCAUUCUGAAUAGUUGAAAUGUAUAUUUGUACAGUCUUUUAGACCUAUUCAAGUGAAGCUUAUGGAACUGUUCUUGUGUACCCAUCAUAGAUCUGUUUCUCUUUUUUAGUGUUGCCCUGCUGUGUAAUAAAUGCUGUAUCUAGUUUCCCUAGCAAAGCUUGAGACUGCUCUAGUAUGAAUUUUGACAGACUUAGUUUUUGCACAUAACCUUGUACAAUCUCCAACCAGAGGCCAGCAACAUAAAAAUAUAUCUGGCCUUUGUUGUAUUAUAGAAUUUUCUUGUUCUGAAUAUCCUUGACAUGACAACUGAUGACAAACAUAUUUCAGAGCCAUUUUCUGAAAUCUUUUAAGCUAAAAAAGAAAAAUCACAUGCAAGAAACAAGUUUGCAGCUACUAAUUUUGACACCUUUUAGAUCUGUAUAAAAGUGUAUUGUGUUGAAGCAGCACACUGAGACAAAGUGCUGGGUUUGGAUAUUUAGUUUUAUCUUUAGUUAACACCAACAAGGUGUUGUAUUCAUUUAUACCAUCUAAUAUAUGACACACUGUUGUAGUAUGUAUAAUUUUGUGAUCUUUAUUUCCCUUUGUAUUCUUCAUUUAAGCAUCUAAAUAAAUUGCUGUAUUGUGCUUAAUGUAAA